UGUUUUCAUUGGUUGAUUCUCGUACCCAUACAUAUUAUCCAUUAGUUUCCCCCACCGUCUUCCACUAACUUUUACAUGGACUUCGUGCAACUUGAUUACGCCUCAUCGUCAUCGGUGUCAUUAGAGAAAUUGCUGAUCAGAUUAAGAAAGAAAAAGCUCAUAAACGUAACCACUCAAAGCUUAUCAAAGCAGAAAAAGCUAAACGAAAAUAAUUAUGGUUUCGAUAAAACUUCCCAAUACCCUUUUGUUUCUUUCGUCGUUUCUAUUAAUCUCGAUUGGGCUUAGCGUUGGAGCUAAUGUCCCUACUUACCUCUACCACAACUGCACAAACGCCACCACUUACACCCCUAACGGCAUCUACCAAAUUAAUCUCAGGAGCCUUCUCUCCUCCCUUUCUUCCAAUGCCUCCAGCGAAUUCCAUUACACCACUGCCGGUGAAGGCUCCUCCUCCCCCGUCUACGGCAGCUUCUUCUGCCGUGGAGACGUCAACACCACCGCCUGCCGUGACUGCGUGAGUUUCGCCGUCAAAGACAUCGUCAAGUGGUGCCCUGUGCAGAAGGAAACCAUGAUAUGGUACGACGAAUGCCAAUUGCGCUACUCCAACCGGUCGUUCUUCGGCACUGUAUACGAACUCCCAAGAAUCUCUUUUCUGAACACGGCCAACGUUACUGACCCGUACCGGUUCAAUUUGCUUGUCGGGUCCAUCCAGGUGGCAGCGGCUGAGGCGGCAAAAGGCGAGCCAGGGGAUAAGAAGUUCGCGACGCAAGAAUUCGACGUCGAUGAAUUGCUUAGGCUGUACACCCUUGCGCAGUGUACACCGGAUCUGAACGCCUCCAAUUGCGGUAGAUGUCUCACUGAUGCCAUCGCACGGCUUCCCAUAUGCUGCUCUGGAAAGCUUGGGGGAAGAGUUCUGUUUCCUAGUUGUAAUGUUAGGUACGAGGUCUAUCCCUUUUACAAUCAAAAUGCAACAGCCCCGCCACCGGCAGCCACCCAGCCGCCUUCAGGUUUCACAUCGACUUCUAAAGGAAAUACCGAAAGAUCUUCGAUAGUAAUUGUAAUUUCCGUUGUGGUCCCAGUUGUUGUUGCUACCUUGUUACUUGUCGUUGGCUGCUCUGUCCUUCGCGUGAGAGCAAGAAAAAAGUAUAAUACUCUAAUGACCCAAGAUAAUGUGAAAGAUUUAACAAAGGACGUUGACUCCUUACAGUUCAGUUUUGAGAGUAUUGAAACUGCCACAAGCAACUUUUCUGAUUAUAACAUGCUAGGUAAAGGUGGAUUCGGUGAUGUUUACAAGGGAGUGCUUUUAAAUGGACAAGAAAUAGCUGUGAAGAGACUAUCCAAGAACUCAGGACAAGGUGCAACAGAGUUUAAGAAUGAGGUUGUGCUGGUAGCUAAGCUCCAGCACAAAAAUCUUGUAAGGCUAUUGGGAUUUUGCUUGGAAGGAAAUGAGAAAAUACUUGUCUAUGAAUACGUUCCUAACAAAAGCCUUGAUUAUUUUCUAUUUGACCCCAAGAAACAAUCCCAAUUAAAUUGGUCAAUAAGAUGCAACAUAAUCGAAGGCAUUGCAAGAGGAAUUCAAUAUUUGCACGAAGAUUCUCGGCUAAAAGUUAUACAUCGUGAUUUGAAAGCCAGCAACAUCUUACUAGAUAAAAAUAUGUCUCCUAAAGUAUCGGACUUUGGCAUGGCAAAGUUGUUUGGUGAAGAUCAAAUACAAGGAAACACAAUGAGAAUUGUUGGUACUUAUGGUUACAUGGCUCCUGAAUAUGCUAUGGAAGGUUUAUAUUCUGUAAAGUCUGAUGUUUUCAGCUUUGGAGUUUUGUUGCUUGAGAUUCUAAGUGGUAGCAAGAACUCUAGCUUUCGUAUUGGGGAUUGUGCAGCAGGUCUCGUAGCAUAUGCUUGGCAACUAUGGAAUGAAGAAAGAGUGUUGGACUUGAUGGAUCCGUGGUUGAAAGAUUCAUGUUAUCCUAAUGAAUUUAUGAGAUACAUACACAUUGCUUUAUUGUGCGUUCAAGAAGAUGCAAACUUGAGGCCUACCAUGUCAUCUGUUGUUUCAACGCUCAAAAGUGAAGCUCCCACUCUUUCUCAUCCUGAACGACCUGCUUUCAUUUCGACUCGAAGUUCUAGUCACCAAAAAAUUAUAGGAACGACUAAUAGUUUAUCGGUCAAUAAUGGGAUGACUGUUACUGAUUUGGUGCCAAGAUGAUUAUUGAGAAUCAAGCCAAAAAACUUAUUGCAUGUAAAGAAAAAGAAUUCAUUUGUAUCUCGUCCAUUGAAAAAGGUCGAACGUUACACGUGUUUAAUAAUAUCAUGAAUCCAUUGGAUUGGACUCGACAGAAAUUUACAUGGAUUAGGGACUGAGGAUGGAAAAGUCUGUAUUUAUAUAUGUGCAUAUGGUUAUUAGA